UGGGAGUCUUCCAUGGGGUUGGCCCCUCCUGAGCCAUGCCGGAGCCGCAAGAGAAGUGGAGCGCAGACCUAUGCGGGGGCCGAUUGCAGACCUUCCUUUGGGAGCAUCACAAAGACUUGGGUGAGCGGCUCGUGCGCGUUUGGACCCCACCUGGAUGGGAAGCAGGACAAGCGGUCAAAGCCCUUUGGCUCAAUGAUGGUCAAAACCUGUUUCGAGAUGAGGAUGCCUUUGGCGGCGCAUGUUGGGGUGUGGCGGGGACAGUGGCACAUUUGAUUGCUGCAAGGAGCAUCCCACCGAUUGUUGUGCUGGGGAUCGACCACACUGGGAGGAUGAGGACCCACGACUACCUCUCCGCGCCGCCCACUGGGUGGGAUGCCCCCUGGGGAAAAGGAAUGCGCGGAGAUAUGUGGGAUGCACCUGGAGGAGGC